AUGCCUGCAGCCAAGAGUUGCUUGAUUGCGACAAGCUUUGCCGAUCCUCACAUAAAGGCCAUGCGCCGUGUGGGGGCGCGCAAAUGGCAAAGGAACAAAGGACCCCAGCCCGAGAUUGCAGAUUCGGGCUGGGGGCAACCACGAUGGGCCUAUCAGCGCCCAGAAGCUCCGCUCAUGACUACCAUUGGACAACUAUUGGCCUCCCUCUACGGUGCUAGCGUCGGCAGCGCACUUGAUAUGGCUCCUCGUCUAGCCCCGAAUCGUGCGUCGACGUGGGCGGUCGCCCCUGGUUUGGCUGCUGCCCGACAGGACCCAAUCAUGCCCCCGGCUCUUCCUUGUUUCUGCGCUGCUCCAGGCGUGAUCUCUACCCACAGUCACGUCAGGACUCAUCGAUUCGUGCGGCAUACGACAAUCCUGGCCUGUCACAGGCCGCGUCACCCGGCACCCGGCACGGCGGCAUAUUUAUAUCUGGCGUGUUGCAAUCUGCUUACAGCAGGUCCUACACAAGGCCUCCACCUUGAGAGUGCCUGCACUGCACCUAUGCUGCUGGAUCCGGAAGGUAUGAUGGCCUCACGAGCGCCUCAAUGGCGUCAGCGACUUGAAAGCGACCUUCGCAACUCUACGGAGCAUCCCGCGCUUCGCAUCAUUUGA